GCGCGAGCACAGUGUGCAACGCUGACCGACAACGACGGAUUUCCGCAAAGGAUUAAACGCUGGAACGUUUCAACAGACAUCUUGUCAACGCGUGACUGCAAAACGGGAGGGACACCGGAAAGUCAGCAAUUAAAUGGCAAAAUAAACUAGAUGUAGAGUUGGGAGAUGCAUCUUUUUCCACCGAAGGUAUAUCUCUUUGAAGGUGUGUAUAGGGUCCAGUGACCGCAGAGUUGACGUCAGUAUUCGGUGUCUGUGGCGAUUGGUUUUGGACUUUCUGGUUAGGUGAUAAUGAUGGGUGGACCAUGGCGUAGCGUUCCAGAUUUGUUGUACGAGACCUACUCCACGGGGGACUUGCAGCGGGGCUAUCCAUCCGAUCCCGGUUUCAUCACCGGCUGCUGCCACAGUAACACUUUGCCAUCGGCAGGUUCUUACCGCACCGGGGAAAGCACUGCAGCUGCACCGCGGAACCGCGACGGCCCACGGCAGUCGUCAUGCCCCUCCAACGUCGUCUGCCUGAGGUCCACCUCGGGAAAUACCACUACGUUUACGGUGGCCAGUGCAAGUCUGACCCGGCUGGCAAACGGGGACGACAAAAUGUGCAUAGCAUGCCAACAGUACCAUCUCAGGAGACCAGAGCCUAUCACACGACAGCCACAGAAGAACUCCAGACCGCAGUAUAUCAAGGUGACUUCGGACUGGUCCACUAAACUCUUUGGAUGUAUGGAGGACGAACACACGUGUAAGCUAGCAGCUGCGUUGACAUAA